CGGAGGGGACGAGCGGGAGUGCUGCCAUGAAGCCGGCGGUGGACGAGAUGUUCCCUGAGGGAGCCGGCCCUUACGUGGAUCUUGAUGAGGCAGGGGGAAGCACGGGGCUGCUGAUGGACCUGGCCGCCAACGAGAAAGCGGUGCACGCCGACUUCUUUAACGAUUUUGAAGAUCUCUUUGAUGAUGAUGACAUCCAGUGAACUUAGUUGUCCAGCUAUGCAGUGCUGAGAUGUGGAUUUUUCUCUAGGAUCGCCUGUGGUGUCCGUUAUUUAUUAAAAUAAUCAAAACAGGAAAAUCAGAGGG